GCCAAUCGCUGUGGGAUGGGUGGGAUUUCCUGUCCGACCUGCAACUGGAGAGGAGUGGAAGUGACACGUAAAGAUUUGGGGGAGAACAAAAAAAAGGGCCUGCAAGUUUAGUUUUUCUCUGCGUGGAGACUGCAAGGCGAAAUGAUGGUGUGGGUUGAGAAAGCAGCGUUUUAGCAGCGAGCUUCUUUCUGCAUUGAAGCCGAGGAAAUACAAAGCGGUGUGUGCAGUGCAUGGGUCACUCUUAAAACCUCGCUCCAUUCCCACUCUUGGAUUGGAGACUUUUUUUUGUUUUGUCAACUGAAAGUUGUGCUAGAGGCACGAAUUCACAGCGAGAAGGGGGUGGGUAGGAAACAAGUAAACUCCCCGGAAUGAUUCCCAGCGACUGAUCCCAGCGCUCUGAUACUCCACUCGUUCAUUGAAAGUCAACUGCGGGCAGGAUUGCGAGUGUGAGUGAGUGAGUGUAUGUGGGUGGGGAAAGACCCCGAACUCUUCCUAAACUGCUCGCUUUUGGACUGGGAAGACAAGGCAGACCGGGAGAAAUGGGGAGCAGCAUGUGUUCCCGGAGGCAGAAAAAGAUCUUCCAAACUUUGUUCUUCCUCACCAUCGUGUUUGGCUUUCUCUACGGUCUAUUGCUCUACUACGAGAUGCACAGCCAGUUAAAGAAGUCGGAAAAUCUGGCGUUCAAAUACCAGCAACACCAGGAGGCUUUAUCCGCUCAGUUGCAAGUUGUUUAUGAACAUCGAUCAAGAUUAGAAAAAUCAUUACAGAAAGAAAGGAAUGAACACAAAAAAGCAAAAGAAGAUUAUUUGGUUUAUAAGUUAGAAGCACAAGAAUCCUUGAACAAAGAAAAGCAGGAUUCCAACAGCCGCUUCAGCGCCCUGAGUGUGCAGCACAAAAUGCUGAAGAGUCAACAUGAGGAUCUGCGGAAACAGUACACGGACCUCCACGGGGAGCAUGUACAGCUGGGGGAGGAUCACGGGCAUGCAAUGAACCAGCACAAUCGACAAUAUCUCAACCUACAGCAGUCCAAGGAGCAGGAGAUUGCGAAACUCAAAGAGAAUAUUUACAAUCUAUUCGAAGAGAACAAGAAGCUGAGAAGGGCUCACCAGGAUGUGCAUGUACAACUCCAGGAUGUCAGGCAACUACACAAGAACCUGUUGGUACAGCAUGACCAGCUCCAAGUUACCUUAGAAGAUCACAAAAACUCCCUCUCAGUUGCUCAGGCUCAAGUGGAAGAAUACAAACAGCUCCGGGAAACCCUCAACAAAAUGCCCAGCCUUAGACAGGGUGAACAAAAGGUUCCUUCUUUCAAUGAACAUGAGCCACAUCCAGGCGGAGCUGACCCAAUAACAUAUCAGGAGCGGCAGGGAGAGCAUGGCCAGGUUCCUUAUAGGGCUGACGAUAAGGAGAGGGAAGGUGAACCGUCGCACGUCAAGCCAAUAGUGGAAGAAGAUGACGCCCCUGAAACGAGGGGAGGCGGAGGCGGAGAGGAGGUGGGGAGGCAACACGCUCAACAUGAGAACUGGCACCGGAAUCCACAGCCGGCAGAGACGGAGGGCGAGCAGACGGAGGAGGAAGGGCGGGACCACCGUGAGUGGGAGCAGGAAGAUAAAGACCACACGGUGGAGCAGAGAGACACCCACAGACAACCUGAUGAGGAAGAAGACGCGGAGAGUCACCCGCCUGACGACCAGGACGUUGGGAACGAUCACACUGAGGAACGCGAUCAACCCACAAAUAGCCCCAGUGAGACGAAACACAAGUCACCGUACGAGGAGCAGUUGGAGCAGCAGCAUCUCGCGGAGUUACGGGAAGAGGAGGCACGCAGGCUGAAGGAGCGCCAGGAUGCCCUGCACCAGCAGAGACUACGGGAGUACAUGGAUCGGCAGCAACGGCUACAGCAGGAGGAGAAGCGCAAGGAAGAGCUGGCGAGGCAGGAGCAGUUCAGGCGACAGGCGGACUUCCAUCAUGAUGGUGCAGCUGCUGAAACUGAAGAUGAACACGAUGUGCGGGAGGAGGAGGAAGAAGAGGUCGAUGAAGAGAACAAUCCACAUGAGGAAGCUGAAGAUCAAGACCCAGAGAUCGUGAACGAGCAACAUCAGACCGAGCAUGAAGCUCUCAAGCAGCAGAAAACAUAGAAAAUAUGUGCAGGAGGGGGACAUUCGGCCCUUCGAGCCAGCACCGCCUUUCAUUAUGAUCAUGCCUUUACCACUGCAACCAAAGUAUGUAACAUAAUGCUGUUACAAGAAAAAUAUGCAAAGAUUUCUAACCAAACGGACGCAUAGAAGCACAUUUAUAUCUUGCUUGUUAAUUUUGUAUUUUAUAGGGAACAGUUGGCUUGGGUGGGGCAAUAAUGCCAAAAACCUUUCAUAGAGAUUUCUGCUAAGAUUUGCUGUCUUAGAAAAUUGUCAGCUAUUUUGUUUAGUGGCCAGGUACAGAUAAGUGCACCUGCUUCCUGAAUUUUAUAUCAGUGUAAAAUGUAUAUUAUGUAAAUACUUAUGCUGAUCAACAAAAGUGAAGGUAUAUAUGGUAAAAUGCAAAGAUUUCUAAAGAGAACAUGAUCUUGUGAAAUUUCUGGUCAUUGUUAAACUGAAUGAUUGACCAAUGAUCUGUAUUUUGUGCAUAUUUUGCGAUUGUAGCAUAAAUCUUUCAAAAAUCU